AUGGCUGUCAAGAAGGUUGAUGAAGAGAAACCCUCUGAUUCAAGCAGAUCAUCUGUGCAAAGUGAUUAUUUUAAUUGGGAUGAAUAUUUGAAAGAAACUGGAUCCAUAAGUGCUCCUUCAGAAUGCUUCAGACAGUCUGAGAUUCCACCAACUAAUGACUUCAAAAUUGGCAUGAAAUUGGAAGCCCGUGACCCUCGGAAUAUGACUUCAAUAUGUGUCGCCACCGUCAUUGAAUGUAUUGGGGCCAGAGUACAUUUACGGCUGGAUGGUAGUGAUGAUAAGAAUGACUUUUGGAGACUUGUUGAUUCCUCAGACAUUCAACCUGUUGGAACAUGUGAAAGGAAAGGACAGUUUCUUCAGCCUCCAUUAGGAUACCAGAUGAGUGUGUCAUCUUGGCCUAUGUUUCUCCUGAAGACAUUAAAUGAAGCUGAGAUGGCAUCUGCUACAUUAUUCAAGAUGGAACCACCAAAGCCACCUCUAAAUAAUUUUAAAGUGGGGAUGAAACUGGAGGCGGUUGACAGAAAGAAUCCUUUCUUUAUCUGCCCGGCAACCAUUGGAGAUGUUAAAGGAGAUAAAGUCUAUGUUCAGUUUGAUGGUUGGAGUGGAACAUUUGAUUAUUGGUGCAAGUAUGACUCCAGAGAUCUCUUCCCAGUUGGGUGGUGUUGCCUGACAGGAGAUGUAUUACAGCCAAUUGGAAAAAAGGUUCCUGAUACAAAGGCUGUAGCUGAAGCACAAUCUUCUGCUUCUGGAGAGACCCAGCGGCUGGUGCAAACUCCGAAGAAAACCAUGGCAACACCAGCAACAGGGUCAACAAGGAAAUCUGGUAGAAUUAAAAAACCUAAAUCUAUUCCCGUUCCUAAGAAGGGGAGCUCUGUUAAAACUACCACUUCAAAGAAAACCAAGGAAAAAUUUAUUCCUGUAUUAUGUUCCACAUCUUCAGCUUCUCUGCGUUCUCUGACCAGAGGCCGUGGCAGUUCUAAGGAUUCUAGUUCUGGACCAUCUAAAAUAGUGAUGUCUACAGUCUGUGUCUAUAUAAACAAACAUGGAAACACUGGCCCUCACCUGGAUCCAAAGAAAAUCCAGAAUCUUCCUGAUCACUUUGGCCCAGGCCCUGUGAAUGUGAUACUUCGUAGGACUGUGCAGUCCUUUGUGGAUUGUGCCUUUGAGGCAAAGACUGUUUUUGGAUUUCUCAAGCCAGAUAAUCGUGGAGGAGAAGUGAUAACUGCCUCCUUUGAUGGAGAAAAUCAUGCCAUCCAGCUCCCUCCAGUAAAUAGCGCAUCAUUUGCUCUUCGGUUUCUUGAGACUUUGUGUCACAGCCUGGAGUGUGAUAACCUUUUGAGUAGCCAGCCUUUUAGCUCUUCUAAGGGUAAUAUUCAUAGCCCUAUAAAGCAAGAUAAACCAGUGACCGAGGAACCAAGUGAAACUCAGAGAAUGAAACGACCUCAGGAACCAAUACAUUUUGAAGCUGCCCCUCUUAAGCUGCCCAAAUUAAUGAUACAUCCCUCUAAAGAAAAAUUGUUGCUUGAAGGACCUGAUAUGCUCCUAGAGGAAAAAACUCUUGAAGAUCCCAAGAAUCCACCACUAAGUAUAGGAGAUUGUUUGAGUUCUGUCUGUGAAGUUGUGCCAGCUACCUCAAGUUUACCUUCAGAGGAGAAGAAAUCACCUAUCAAGAGCAGUUACUUUGACUCUCCAUUUCAAAUGCAGAGCAAAAGUGAAGAUCCAAGUUAUAUAGCUGUACCUGACCCCAGUGUCCUGAAACAAGGCUUCUCUAAGGACCCUUCAACCUGGUCUGUGGAUGAAGUGAUACGGUUUAUGAAACAUACAGAUCCUCACAUAUCAGGCCCCCUCGCCGACCUCUUCAGGCAACAUGUAAUAGGGGAACAAGCUGGCGAUGGAACAGUAGGGAAACACUACAGCUCUCUGCAGCCAAAUAGAGAGUUCAAGUUCCAGUGCUCCAUUUCCACAAGAGACGGACAACAGCAAAAAGACGAAUACCCAGAGAAACACAGGAAGUGA